CCUGACCCAGCGGGAAGAGCCGGGGCUGCCCGGGCGUGAGUAGACUGUGAAUCCUGUCCGCCUCUCUUCUCUCCACCUGCGCCCGGUGCUGCAGUCACCUGGGCUCCCGGGGUGUAAGGGCACUGGCCCCGAUCCCCCUCCCCUCGCCGCCAGAAAUGGAUUGAGCCGCUUUUAGCCCUUCUUGCCCCCUGGGGGACUUGGCCCACAGCAGUCCCAAGUCGCCAGGGGUGUCAUUUGUUCAAUCUCAGGAAUGGACUCCGUUUGAUGAUUUCUUCCCUGUAGGGCCGCCAAGGCUAAUUAAACUCGUGCUUAUGGAGGGGACUGCCUCCUUUCCUUUGAUUCAGUCUAAUCCUGCCAACAUUUAUUGAGUUCCUAUGGGCCAGGCUGAGUUCUGGGUGCUGGGGACAUAGAGAUGCAUCUGAAGUUGAUUCCUUCCCCCAGAAGCCUGCAGAGUGGCUGGGGAAGAUGAGCCAAGUUACUUCUGUGGGUAACUUAGAUUCAAGGCAGCCUAGACAGGGGCCAGUGACGGCCAAGAAUGAGAGGAAGACCACGAUGGAGAAGUAAUGACAGAUGCGGUCCCGCCAGCUCUUAGGAAGCCCUUCAUGGAGGGGCACCGGGCCUCUUACAGUUCCAGUAGGAUGGAAAGAUACAAACUGCGUUUCCUAGACUCCUUUGCAGCUGGCAUGUGACCUAAGUUCUGCCAACUACGUGCACUCAGGUUAGAGAGACCAGGACCAAGAACCUCUACCUUGAAUUGGAGAAUUGGAGACAGAAGUUACUUUGUUGCGAGGACGUAAAAGAUUGCCUUUCAACCACAGAACUCCAUUGGAAAGGGUUUUGGAAGACAUGAAGAAAACCAUCAGAAACGAAGUCAGCAGCCUCAUGGCCUCUUACUGACUAGAGUGGAGUUUUAUUUUGGCAGUUUUUUGGAACGACGCUGUGCACGAUGUCUACUGAGGUCAUCCAUCAGGUUGAGGAGGCCCUUGAUGAGGACGAGAAGAAAGUGCUGCUUUUUUUGUGUCGGGACGUGGCUGCCGAUGUUGCUCCGCUUAAUGUCAGGGACCUUCUGGAUAUUUUAAGUGAGCGAGGAGUGCUGUCUGCCAUGGGCUUGGCUGAGCUGCUCUACAGAGUGAGGCGGUUUGACCUGCUCAAGCGGAUCUUCAAGAUGGACAGAAGGGCAGUGGAGGCCCACCUGCUCAGGCACCCUGGCCUUAUUUCAGACUACAGGGUGCUGAUGACAGAGAUCGGUGGCAAUUUGGAAAACUCUGAUUUGUCCUCAUUAUUUUUCCUCAUGAGGGAUUAUCUUGGUCGGAGAAAGGUAGCCAAGGAUAAGAGUUUCCUGGAUCUCGUGAUCGAAUUAGAGAAACUAAAUCUGAUUGCUCCCGAUCAGUUGGAUUUACUAGAAAAAUGCCUGAAGAACAUCCACAGAGUAGACCUGAAGACAAAAAUCCAGAAAUACAAGCAGUCAGCUCAGGGACCUGAAACAAGUUAUACAAAUGCACUCCAGGCAUCGUUCCGAAAUUUGAGUCUUAAGGAUCCUUCAUGUAACUUAAGGCUCCAGAAUGGGAGAACUAAAGAACAAAGACUCAAUGUGGGACAACUUGACCUUCAAAGAGAAUCCGUGAAGGCGUCCAUCCAGGAGUCAGAAGCAUUUCUACCGCGGCACGUUCCAGAGGAGAGAUACAGGAUGCAGAGCAAACCCCUGGGAAUCUGCCUGAUAAUUGAUUGCAUUGGCAACGACGCAGCAUUUCUUCGGGACACCUUUACUUCCCUGGGCUAUGAAGUUCAGUCUUUCUUGUAUCUGAGUGUGGACGGUAUAAUCCAGGUCCUUCGCCGAGUUGCCUGCAUGCCUCAACACCGAGACUAUGACAGCUUUGUGUGCGUCCUGGUGAGCCGAGGUGGCUCCCACAGUGUGUUUGGCGUUGAUCGGACACACUCAGGGUUCCCUUUGGAUCAGAUUAGGAGGAUGUUCAUGGGAGACGCGUGCCCUUUUCUCUUAGGGAAGCCAAAGGUCUUUUUUAUUCAGAACUAUGUGGACUCAGAGGACCCGCUGGACAACAGCAGCUUGUUGGAGGUGGAUGGACCAGCGGUCAACAACCUGGAAUCAAAAGCCAAGCAGCCUGGAUCAUCUACCCUUCACCGAGAAGCUGACUUCCUCUGGAGCCUGUGCAAGGCGGACGUGUCCCUGUUGGAGCGGUCCUCCAACUCUCCGUCAUUGUACCUGCAGUGCCUCUCCCAGAAACUGGGGAAAGAAAGAAGACGCCCGCUCCUUGAACUCCACAUUGAACUCAACGGCAGCGUGUAUGAUUGGAACAGCAGAGCGUCUACUAAGGAGAGGUACUCUGUCUGGUUGCAACACACGCUGAGAAAGAAACUCAUCCUCUCUUGGGAAUGAACAGCCAAAAGCCUUUUCUACUCCCGCCAUCUCCACCACUAGGCCAGAAGUAGUUUUCAAGCAAGGGUAUGUGUUGUGCGGGAACGUGAGGUCCUGUAUGUGCUGAAAUGAGCCUCUGUGAGGACUGUGAUCAGGGAGGUGUGUUUGAACUAAAGCCUCUGGGUGGAAGGCUUUGGUCUCUUGCUGAAAGUGUCUGAAGCCCGUGUUAGGAAGGAAAUGGCUGUGAAACUUGAAAAACCGAGUGCCGGUUGAAUUGGGUGCUGCCUUCCUUCGUGCCAGAGCGUGGAGACAGGGUUGUAGUCACACAUCUACCACUGUGCUACUACUACUAUAAAUUUAGUGAAGGACACGAACAUUCAGUGCAUAGCCGUGUCUUUGUAAUUGGACAUUGUCUGUCUGUCUGUCUAAGACUCCAGUUCUAGUUCACCGCUAACUACAUACAUUUUUCUUUCUCACAUUUGGUGGGAUGACCUGAAAGGCAAUCAUUAUUUAAAAUUGCAUUUAAAGGGGCGCCUCGGUGGCUCGGUGGGUUAAACCACUGCCUUCGGCUCAGGUUGUGAUCUUGGCAUCCUGGGAUUGAGCCCCGCAUCGGGCUCUCUGCCCAGCGGGGAGCCUGCUUCCUCUCUCUGCCUGCCUGCUUGUGAUCUUUGUCGAAUAAAUAAAUAAAGUCUUUAAAAAAAAAUUGCAUUUAAAGUUUAAAAAAACAUAUUUAUUUUUAUAUACAUAUAUGUAUUUUAAAGAUUUUAUUUAUUUAUUUGACAGACAGAGAUCACAAGGAGGCAGAGAGGCAGGCAGAGAGAGAGGAGGAAGCAGGCCCCCGCUGAGCCAGGAGCCCGAUGUGGGGCUCCAUCCCAGGACCCUGAGAUCAUGACCUGAGCCGAAGGCAGAGGUUUUAACCCACUGAGUCACCCAGGUGCCCCUUAUUUUUGUAUUUUUGACUUGGUGUUAAAUUGGGUGUAUCUGUAUGUGUUAAUGUAGUAAAAUACUUCAAAUCUUACAAUAGUCCCUAACUGAAAAUUCACCAAGUACUCAGUAAUAAGGGUAUGGUAAUGAUGAUAUAUUCACUGGGUGGUAUUUUACGAAACCCUUAAAAUUAUAUUUCUAAAUAAUAAAAGCUUGCAUUGAGCUAUUAUUAGCUCAUUAUAUAAAUUGCAUGGAUUAUCUCAUUUAAUCCUCUCCUUGCAAAAGAGCUCUGUGAAAACAAUAUCCAGUGGAAAAAAGACAGUCUCCUCAACAAAUGAUGCUGGGAAAACUAGCCAGCGACAUGCAAAAGAAUGAAACUGGACCACAUUCUUACACUGUACACAAACACAAACCCAGAAUGGAUUAAGGACCCAAGUGUGAGACCAGAAACCAUAGAAAUCCUAGAAGAGAGCACAGGCCUAAUUUCUCUGACAUCAGCUGUAGCAACAUUUUUCUAGAUGUGUCUCCUGAGUGGAGGGAAACAAAAGCAAAAAUAAACUACUAGAACUACGUUAAACUAAAAAGCUUCUAGAUAGCAAAGGAAACAGUCAAGAAAUAAAAGACAACCUGUGGAAUGGGAGAAGAUAUUUGCAAAUGACAUGUCUGAUAAAGGAUUAAUAUCCAAAAUAUAUAAAGAACUUAUACAACUCAAGAGCCAAAAACCAAUUUGAUUAAAAAUGGGCAGAAUAUGGGGCAUCUGAGUGGCUCAGUGGUUAAGCCGCUGCCUUCAGCUUAGGUCGUGAUCCCAGGGUCCUGGGAUCGAGCCCCACUUCAGGAUCUCUGCUCAGCAGGGAGCCUGCUUCCCUCUCUCUCUCUGCCUGCUUCUCUGCCUACUUGUGAUCUCUGUCUGUCAAAUAAAUAAAUAAAAUAUUUUUUAAAAAAUGGUCAGAAUACACAAAGAGACAUUUCUUCAAAGAAGACAUAAUGGCCAACAGAUACAUGAAAAGAUGCUCAACAUGACUCAUCACCACGAAAAUACAAAUCAAAACCACAAUGAGAUGUCACCACCUAUGGGUCAGAAUGGCUGAAAUCAAAACGAGAAGAUAUGCAGCCACUCUUGAAGACAAUGUGGAGAUUCCUCAAAAAGUUAAAAAUAAAGAUAUCCUAUGAUCCAGAAAUGGCACUACUGGGUAUCUUCCCAAAGGAUAUAAACAUAGUGAUUCAUAGGGGCUCAUGCACUCCAGUGUUGAUAGCGGCAGUGUCCACAAUAGCCAAAAUACAGAAAGAGCCCGGAUGUCCAUUGACAGAUGAAUGGAUAAAGAUGUGAUACAUAUCUCACAUCUCUCUGAUACACACAUACACACACAAUGGAAUAUGAUUCAGCCAUCAGAAACAAUGAAAUCUUGCCAUUUACAAAGACAUGGAGGGAACUAGAGGGUAUUGUGCUAAGUGAAAUAAGUCAGAGAAAGACAAAUACAUGAUUUCACUCACAUGGAACUGAAGAAGCAAAACUGAUGAACAUAGGGGAUGGGGAGGAAAAAUAAGAUGGAAACAGAGGAAGACAAACCACAAGAGACACUGAAUUCUAGGAAACAAACUGAGGGUUGCUGGAGGGGAGGAAAGUGGGGGAUGGGGUGACUGGGUGGUGGGUAUUGAGGAGGUCACAUGACGAAAUGAGGACUGUUACAUGCAACUAAUCAAUCACUAAAUUCUACCACUGAAACUAAUAAAACACUAUAUGUCAGAGAAAGACAAAUAUUGUAUGAUUUCCCUCAUAUGUGGAAUUUAAGAAACAAAACAAAAGAACAAAGUAAAAAAGAGGCAGGGGCACCUGGGUGGCUUAGUGGGUUGAGCCUGCCUUUGGCUCAUGAUUCCAGGGUUCUGCUCGGCGGGGAGCCUGCUUCCUCCUCUCUCUCUCUGCCUGCCUCUCUGCCUACUUGUCAUCUCUGUCAAAUAAAUAGAUAAAAUCUUAAAAAAAAUUAAAAAAAAAGAAAAAAGAAAAAAAGAGGCAAACAGACUGUUAAAUACGGAAAACAAACUGAUGGCUACCAGAGGGGAGGUAUGGGGGGGGGUGGGGGAAAUAGGCGAAGGGAAUUAAGCAUACACUUACCAUGAUGAGCACUGAUUAAUAUACAGAAUUGUUGAAUCACUAUAUUGUAUACCUGAAGGUAAUAGAAUACUGUAUAUUAACUAUAUUCGAAUUAAAAUUUUAAAAAGGCA